AUGCAAGCAGUGCGCCAUCACCCUCCCGGUGGUACUGAGAAGCUCAGGAUUGCCCAGGAAGCCAUACCAGAGAUCGAUGAUGAUGAGGUACUGGUCAAAGUACACGCUGCCAGCGUUAUCUGGAUGGAGCUCUAUUGGCAGAUCUACCAGAAGGAUGACGGCACAUACAAAACCCCUAUCCUUGGAGAGGACUACUCUGGCGUUAUAGCAAAGGUAGGGUCCAAGGCGCCCUCUGACAGCGGCCUCCAAGUUGGCACCGAAGUCAUGGUUUUCAUGAGUAAGGCCUUUCCCACCAAACGAAGCAUUAACGGCGGAAUGGCCGGCUAUGCGAAGGCUCACUUCUCCAAAAUGGUCAACAAACCCCGUAGUUUGAGCCUGACUGAUGCUGCAUCGGUGCCACUUUCCGCUCUCACCGCGUGGCAGGGCCUGUUCGACCACGCGAAGCUCGCAGCUGGACAGACCCUGCUAGUCACCGGAGCGGCUGGUCCGACUGCGAUCUGGGCCGUUCAGAUGGGCAAGAUGGUCGGGGCCAGAGUUGUCGGCACGGCGUCGUCCGAACAAAGCUUCGAGCUCCUCAAGUCGUUGGGAGUAGACCAGAUCCUGAACUACAAGCAAGCCAAGCUAGACUCUGUUCUGGAGAAUGUUGAUGUCGUCUUUGAUACAGUGAGCGGUGACACGUCAAGACAGGCCCUGAAGACUCUUAGGAAAGACGGCAUACUUCUCCACCUUGUGGGCAAACCGCCCGAUGACAUCGGCAGGGACCCCAGGGUGAUAUUCUUUAUUGUCGAUAUGGAUGCGGAGCAACUAGCGAAGAUUGGGGACUCGAUCGACAAGGGCAAGCUGAAGCCGGUCGUUGACUCGGUCUUUGACUUCAACGAUGUAGUAGAGGCCUUCAAGAAGGGCGAGACGGGGCACGCUCAUGGGAAGAUUGUGCUCAAGGGGCCCAAUGUAUGA